AGGAAGAAGGGAAUGCUCUCUAGGUCCUUGGCAACUUCCUUUCCCUGCCUACUAGCUUGACUUUCUGGUUAAUGUUUGAUGUUGUGAUAGUACCAGCGUGUACCUUGCUCCAAAGCGCCUUCCUUGGCCGGCUCUCCCAACCGUCAGAGAAAAGAGUCCCAAGGGUUGAUUCAACAGGACAGCUGAGCCUGGGAACGACACUGGUGGUCAGCUGAGGGCUGGAGAAUCUGCAUAACCUCAUUGCAUCGUCCAAUGUUGUGUGUGGUUACCGGGGUUUGCUCAGAGCUUCUGGUUGAGGAACCGCUCAACCAACCAAUCAACCUCCCACCCAUCAGCUGGAGUUGCUCCUCAGGUCCUUCCACCCUCUGCUUCUCUUUCCCUCCUCCUAGGAGUAGGGAGAGGUGUAUUUUUAAGCUCUGGUGUACUUGUAAGCAUAAGACCACUGAACUGCUUGCAUCGUCUACCACAGGGGGGUGAGUAAGAAUACAUCCUGCCCCAGAGUGUCUUCUCCCAACAGCUGAACAGGGCAUAAAUAAAGCUGGUGGAUUCAUAACAUAGAUUUGUGUGUCUGGAAAGCUCAAGAGAGUGGGAAUUUAUCAACCCGUCCUUUGGUUUGAAAAGAACGCUAGAAGCCUGGAUCCAUCGAAUAGGUAACGGAACAUCUAAAAACUUGGUUAAUUGGCAAAGCGAAGGAUAAGGUUGUAAGCAGGGGAGGUGGUGGACAUUUCAACUGGCCCAGAAGAAGUCUCUUUUUUAGGCAAGCAACUGCUUUCAUCGUUUGAAAAUGCAGAUGAAUACGACAAUACACGCCAACUGGUCUUCUCCAGCCCCAGAAACGCUCCUGACCUCCAGCAUGGUUGCUACCUUGGCCCAUUUCUUCUCGCCACCGAUGGUCUCCAGCCAUUUAAUUGUGGAGGAUGGUUCCCAACUAAGGGCUGACCAGAAUCACUCCCAGGAGAUCCAAACCCUCUUUUUGACCACGUCCACAGCAAAAGCCAUCUCAGGACUCUUUGUCUGGACGGCCCUGAUCCUUACUUUCCACCAGAUCUACCUGCACCUGAAAAACUACACCAUUCCCAACGAGCAGCGUUACAUCAUCCGGAUUCUCUUUAUCAUCCCCAUUUAUGCCUUCGACUCCUGGCUCAGCCUCCUGCUAAUCGGCAGCCAUCAGUACUAUGUUUACUUUGACUCAGUGCGGGACUGCUACGAAGCAUUUGUGAUUUACAGCUUCCUGAGCCUCUGCUUUGAAUAUCUUGGAGGAGAAAGUACCAUCAUGGCGGAAAUCCGAGGAAAGCCCAUUGUUUCUAGUUGUCUCUACGGAACUUGCUGUCUCCGAGGGAUAUCUUACUCCAUUGGGUUCCUUCGGUUCUGCAAACAGGCCACCCUGCAGUUCUGCAUCAUCAAGCCGGUCAUGGCCAUCCUCACCAUCAUUCUCCAAGCAUUUGGGAAGUACCACGAUGGUGAUUUCAACAUCCACAGUGGAUAUCUCUACAUCACCAUCAUCAACAACUUCUCGGUCAGCCUGGCCCUCUACGCCCUCUUCCUCUUCUACUUCGCCACCAUGGACUUCCUGAGGCCUUUUGAGCCAGUCCUGAAGUUUCUUACCAUCAAGGCGGUCAUCUUCCUCUCCUUUUGGCAAGGGGUGCUCCUGGCCAUCUUGGAGAAAUGUGGGGUCAUCCCAGAAGUUCAGAUCAUUGACGGGAAGGCAGUGGGAGCUGGCACCGUUGCAGCCGGCUACCAGAACUUCAUCAUCUGUAUCGAGAUGCUGUUUGCUUCCAUCGCUCUCCGUUACGCUUUCACCUGCCAGGUGUACCAGGAGAAAAAGGAAAGCACCACAGCAGGCGUGGCCCCGUUGCAAAGCAUCUCCAGCGGGCUGAAGGAAACGAUGAGUCCUCAAGAUAUUGUCCAAGAUGCCAUCCACAAUUUCUCCCCGACCUACCAACAAUACACGCAGCAAUCCAUGCAGGAGACGGAAGGGGGGCUUGGACAGAACGGCCACGUGAGUCCUCCGGUGGAGGCCUCGCAGAGCAAGAAGAGGAGGAAUCUUGAGAAACGGAUGCUCAUCGUCUCCGACGAGGAGUUGUGAAGAGGCCGCUUGUGAAGUGGAGAACUUGUUGUUUUCCAGGUCUUCUCACCUUGCUGCAGACCGGCAGCUGCCAACCGAAUCAGACCACAUUGUUGAACGAAGCAACAGAAGCGUCUCAUUCUUGUUCUCAGUGGGCUAUUGAGGGAAGAUCCCCAGAUAUUGGGUUGACUUCCUAAAUACAGCUGGAUCUACCCCUUCCUAUGUGGUGUUGUGGUGAGUGGCAGAAACACCCAGGAUGCACUUAUUGUUGGUCCUGGUGCAGCCUGAGGAAAACAGAAUUUCUCAAUGGACACAGGUCCUCCCAUUCCCAAUGCCUGGCGAUAAUACUGAUUAUUGGCAGAGACGGAACAAGGCAACGUAGGAAGGGAUAAAAUUGGAUGGAAUCGACAACAUUUUCAUUCAGCAGUUGCAGCUGAAUCCCAUUGGAACUAGAUUCCCAUUAUCAUUCUUUUUUGGUUUGUUUGUUUGUGGAUCCAAUCCACCGGGAUGGGAAUACAAUAAUAGCUCAGAGCCCCAGAGAAAUAAAAGGACGUUUCUUCUUUCCAACACGAGGAGCUGCAGCAGGGUGAGGAAUUAAUAGCGCCAGAUUCCUUGAUGAAGUUGCAUUGAGGCCGUCAAAGCUUCUGAUCAUAGAAUGCACCUUGGAUGUCAGAGGAGUUGUGGCUUCAUCGUGGAAGAAGAGGUGUUGCGUUACGUUGAAAGUGUGAAUGUGUUGAUAUAAGGCGCUUCUUCCUAUCUGGAGGGUCCUGUGUGUGAUGGUUAUGAAUUGCGUGUCAAUCUGUACAUUUCAAAAAAAAUAAUAAUUAUAAAAAUAUUUGUAA